AUGCGCCAUGCAUUCGACAUCGUUAAGUAUCGCUUGGAGGUGAUUGAAUGCAUAUCUGUUCUUUACAAAAACUCGUGGUGGCCUACUGAUGUAUUGAGUCAGUCAGCACUCCUUAGACAAGUCUGCCGCUGGUGCAAAGUUCUAUUAAACUUGGAAAAAGCUGAUGAACCUCACGAGAUUCCUGGAGCAGCGCUGAUUGGUGCUCCGGUGUUGACAAUUGGAAUUUUGUACUUUGUCGCUUUAGAUUAUGCUUUUCAGAUGUUGGCGUUGAACGACGUUAUGCUGACUUUUCUAUCAGGUGAUAGAUGUUUUAAUAAGCAGUUCUUAAAACCCUCACCUCGACGCCUAAUUGCGCUUUUUUCAAUUUUAAAAUCUCUAUUUCAGCAUUUUCUAUGCCCAUACACUCUAUGCAAUAACUAUGUUUCAAUAUUUUACUAUAAAGGAUGCGCCAUGCAAUAUGCCAUGCAAUAUACAUUCUACCACCCCCAAACGAUGCUUAAUGAGGGAUGA